GCAGCCGCCGCCGCAGCAGCAGCAGCAGCCGGCACCGCAACAACAGACGCCGCAACAGCCGCCGCAGGAUGAGGAGGCGGCGGCGGCGGCCGCGGCACCCGGUAGCGGCGCGGGCAGCGCAAAUGGCGUCAAAAUGGAUAAUGAUGAGACAGCAAAAGAAGGGAAAGCACCUGUGAAAGAAAAGUUUGUUGGAAAAGCAAAGGCAAUCCCUUCUCUUGGAAACAAGAAUAAAUUCCACCCCUAUGCAAAGGAGAAGAAUGCAGGCUCUGGAGACAAGAAGGCUGUUAAUCGCAACAGAGUUUUUAUUAGCAACAUCCCGUAUGACAUGAAAUGGCAAGCUAUUAAAGACCUGAUGAGAGAGAAAGUUGGUGAGGUUACAUACGUGGAGCUGUUUAAGGAUGCUGAAGGAAAAUCAAGGGGUUGUGGUGUGGUUGAAUUCAAAGAUGAAGAAUUUGUUAAGAAGGCAUUAGACACUAUGAACAAAUAUGAUCUUAGUGGAAGACCGCUGAAUAUUAAAGAGGAUCCUGAAGGGGAACAUGCUCGUAGGGCACUGCAGCGGGGAGGAGGGCAGUUUCCAGGAGGACAUGGACCUGAUGCAGCACCUGGAAUGAUGAAUUUACCACCUUCUAUUCUCAAUAAUCCAAACAUUCCUCCUGAGGUUAUCAGUAAUUUGCAAGCAGGCAGGCUUGGAUCCACGAUUUUUGUUGCCAAUCUUGACUUCAAAGUUGGCUGGAAGAAACUGAAGGAGGUAUUCAGCAUUGCUGGAACUGUGAAGCGUGCAGACAUCAAAGAAGAUAAAGAUGGCAAGAGUCGAGGAAUGGGGACAGUUACCUUUGAACAAGCAAUUGAAGCUGUUCAAGCAAUAUCUAUGUUCAAUGGACAAUUCCUAUUUGAUAGACCCAUGCAUGUUAAAAUGGAUGACAAAUCAGUUCCUCAUGAAGAUUUCCGUGUUGUGGACAGCAAAAGCUCACAAUUACCUCGUGGUCUUGGUGGCAUUGGUAUGGGACUUGGACCAGGUGGACAGCCCAUCAGUGCAACACAGCUGAGCAUGGGUGGUGGAAUGGGGAGCAUGGGUCCAGGAGGUAUGGGAAUAGACGGCCCAGGAUUUGGUGGAAUGAGUAGAAUGGGAGGCGGGCUUCCUGGAUUUCGUGGAAUGGAAGGAAUGCCUAACAUGGGAGGAUUUGGAGUCAACCGAAUGGGAGGUAAAAUGUUCCGUGGUGGAAUGGGAGCAAACAUGGAAAGAGAAUUUGGUCGUGGUGACAUGGCAUUGAACCGUGGUUUUGGAGAGUCUUUUGGAAGGAUGGGUGGUGCAAUGAUUGGUGUUUUUGCAGGAGGAAUGGGAGCACCUAGCAUGGGCCCAGUAAGAUCUGGAAUGAGUGGUGGCAUGGGUGGUAUGAACAAUAUGGCUGGAGGAAUGGGCAUGGAUCGGAUGGGUUCCGGUUUUGAUCGAAUGGGACCUGCCAUGGGUGGAGGCCUGGACAGGAACAUGGACAUCGACCGAGGAUUUGGGCCUGGCCCGAUGGGAGGUGGCAUGAGAGAGAGAUUAGGCUCUAAAGGCAACCAGAUAUUUGUGAGAAAUCUUCCUUUUGACUUGACCUGGCAGAAGCUAAAGGAGAAAUUCAGUCAAUGUGGUCAUGUAAUGUUUGCAGAAAUAAAAAUGGAGAAUGGAAAAUCAAAGGGCUGUGGAACAGUCAGAUUUGACUCACCAGAAUCUGCUGAAAAGGCCUGUAGGAUAAUGAACGGCAUAAAAAUCAGUGGCAGAGAAAUUGAUGUCCGCUUGGAUCGCAAUGCAUAAUUUAAAACUCUGUGUUCAGGAACAUUCCUCUGUCUGUUUAGCUUCUCUGUCUUAGUAAGUCAUUUUUAGUAACAUUGUAUGCUUACAAAAGCUGUAAAAAGGAACUUUUAAAUCCCACCAGCCUUUAACAGUAUAGUGUUUAAUAUACUGUGAUACUUGUUAACUGAAUCUUACUAUGUUUGGUUUUUAAAGACAAUUCGCCUGAUUUUUGUUGUUUUUUUUAAAGGCACUGAGCACCUGCAGCUCCCUAUAGACCGGGGAUGCUUUGGAUGCUCAGUGCCUUUGGAAAAUUAGGCCAAGUGUCUCUAGUCAUUCAGUUUAAAUGAAUGGUUAUACUGUUUUUAAUAAAAUAAGCCAUUUUCUCUGUUAA